AUGGCUUACGAGCCGAGAGGCGGAGGAGGCAGCGCCGGAGUUGACCGUGACUUUGGCGGCGGCGCCGCCGGUGGAGCCGAUGGGGUGCCCAUGCGUGCCAGAGGACGAAGGCCCGUAACCGACUACUCGUCUACUCUGGUACACUGGAUGCGCCAUCGCGAGCCGAGAUAUAGGGGCUCAUAUCAUGGCGAGGUCGAGAGACCAAGCCCCAGCUAUAUCGUCGAUAUGCUCCCACCGCAUGCCAGGCCAAACAACGCCGCCGACACAAUACCUGUGCGACAUCUUCACUCGUCCCUCAACAAGGUCAAACAUCCUAUCAACGUCGUCAAAUGGACGCCCGAGGGGCGCCGGCUCUUGACGGCCUCUAGUGGCGGUGAGUUUACGCUCUGGAAUGGGACAGGCUUCAACUUUGAAACCAUCAUGCAGGCACACGAGUCCGCCAUCAGGGCUCUGGCAUACUCCCACAGAGACGAGUGGCUUCUGUCGGGCGAUCACGAUGGCAUCAUACACUAUUGGCAACCCAACUUCAACAACGUCGAGACCAUCCGAGACUCCAAGGAUACGGUGCGCGACAUUGCCUUCUCCCCCAAUGACUCCAAGUUCGUUGUGGCAACCGACGAUGCCGCCCUGAAGGUUUAUGACUUUGCCGGUGCGACCCGCGAGGCAACCCUGAGCGGUCACCACUGGGAAACCAAAGCUUGCGACUGGCAUCCCACCAAAGGUUUGAUAGUCUCCGGUUCCAAAGACCAUCUUGUCAAGUUGUGGGACCCCCGAACAGGGCGCUGUCUCACAACCCUGCGUGGCCAUAAAAACACCAUCACCAAGACCGUCUUUGAAAAGGUCCGCGGCAUGUGCCUCGCAACCUCGGCACGCGACCAAACAGCUCGUGUGUUUGACCUCCGCAUGAUGCGCGACAUCUGCCUCCUCCGUGGGCACGAGAAGGAUAUCACCACGCUGACAUGGCACCCCGUUCACCCCAACAUGCUGAGCACCGGCGGGUCUGAGGGAUCAAUGUGCCAUUACAUACUUGACGAACCCAAUACACCUGAUGGGAGGCAGCAAACAAUUGCCCCUUACGACAGCUCGGACCCUGCCGAGGCCCCCGCACAGGUCAUAUUUCCCGCGCAUAAGCUGCCCUUUGCCCACGAUUUUGGCAUCUGGUCGCUAGACUGGCACCCCCUGGGGCACAUCCUAGCCUCGGGCUCCAAUGACCGCAUAACACGCUUCUGGACCCGCGCCAGGCCGGGCGACGAUGACGAGGUGCUCAACGACCGCUACCACAUAGGCGAGGCCGCCGCUGAGGCUCGUGGUACAUACGACAGGCGAGGCCAUCGCCGUCAGCGACAGGAGGAAGAGGAGCAGGAGAUGCAAGACGAGCUGAACGGACUCGUCGACCAGAAGGCCCCCGUGGGUGGCAACGGUGUGCCCACGUUGCCAGGACUAGCCGCCACAGCCGGAGGUUUGCCUAUCCUUCCUGGUCUUAGCCUCAACGCAAAUGGUGUUACUGCGCCAGGUGGCAAAGUCUCUGUGCCAGGCCUGACCGGGGUGCCACCGUCUUCGGGCGCUGUACCACCACCUCCGCCGUUACCCUUCCCCUUACCUUUGGGACCAGACGGGCAGCCUCUCCCGCUACCCGAUCCGAACAAUCCGAUGGACUUUGCCAAAAUUGCCGAGAUGAUGCAGAAGGCCGGUUUACCUGUUCCCCAGCCAGGGAUGAUUCCUCCGGGAAUGCUGCCUCCACCUCUGCCGAAUGGUGCUGGCCUGCCAUUCCCACCCCCGCCUGGUUUUGCAGGGAUGGCGCCGCCCCCAGUUCCCGGUAUGGCAUUCUCUCCGGGCAUCGGGGCUUCUGCUCCACCUACCGGCAUGGGAGGCGAUGCUUCCGAUUUGAGCAGGAGGGGACGCGCGCCGCUACCCUCGCAGGAGGAUAGUUUGCGUGCUGAACAGUCAAGGGGACAUUACACAAGAGCGCGGUAA